ACAUUGUAAAGUAGAGACUGAUAUAUGAGAUUCUAAGCUUUUGCAAGGUGAGUCAGCUCAAUGCCGAUGCUUAUGGAAGCUAUUGCAUGAUAAAAAUGGAACCUUUUCCCAACCCUAAUCAAAUUUCUAUCUUCUGGAGUAAUUGCGAAAGCCAAAGUCAGCGGUAGGACACAGUAGGCGAGCUUAUCAAGGAGGGGAAUUUGAUGGUGUGAGGUCGGGGAGGAGUAAAGAAGACUCGGAGGGUUGACCAGCUCCGCGGCAGCGGAUGGGUUUUGGCUCGUGUGUUUUCCGGUGGUCGGACUCCUCACUCGGCUGUCGCAGCAAAGCAUCACAGGGAUGUAUUUGUCCUGGGUCCUCCUGAUGCCGUGGGAAGCAUAAAGAUUGGAUCUUGAUCUUCCGGUCGAUACAUCGAUCGAUCAGUCACUGGAUCGCUCUCGCCGUUUUCUUGCAGACCGAAGGUGCGGCAUUUUUUUCUUCCCCUUGGUGUAUGGGAUUUUUUCUAAUAUUAAGUGCUUGGAAAAAAAAAAUCCAAGCUUCUUGGCCUUCUUGAUCGUUUUUAUAAGACUUGGAGGGUGUUUGGGUUUGACCAGCUCCACUUCAGUGUGGAAUUUAGCUGUGUUUCCAGUGGUUUGUCUCUCUCCCUUUCUCUCUCUCUCGACUGCUGCUGCUGCGACGCAUCGCAGAAACCUCUCCCCGGUCUUUUUGCCAGCUCCUGGUGCCGUGGAAGCGUAAAGAUUGGAUCUUGUCUCUCGCCAUCUUCUUUUUCUUGCCGCUUCGGAUCGGUCCGCAAAGGAGCUGCAGUCGGUGUGUUCCAUCUGCCAAAGCUGUGGCAGGUAUUUAAAUCGGAUUUGCUUUUAAUUCUCCACGAGAUCGGUGUCCUUUGAAGAUCGCAUAUUGUGGCAAUAUUUGUUGGAAAAUUGACAAAAAAAAAUGUGUCUGGAAAAGGAAAGGAAGAAUUGAGAUUUGAUAAGCGUUCAGAAAAAUGGGUGGGCUUUGCUCAAAAAGGUCAGCUGUGGAUAAAUCGCCCAGCGAUACUCUCGAUCCUAGUGGAUUCAGGGGUCAGCCAAUACCGAGUCAAUUCCAUAGUAAAAGGCAGGAGGAUUUGUCUAAUUCUCUAGCAGAAGAAGCUAUGGAGAAGCGGCUGCAAGAACAGUCCUUUUCGUUCCGUGAUUGCACAAUAACACCCACUGGAAACUUUUCAGACGCUGCCGAUGCCACUGAACUGCAGUUUUUCAGGGAUAUCUCACAAAAUUCUAGCUCAACGAAGUCUAAACCCUCCUCUGGAAAGUCUGGAACUACGAAGGUCUCCGAAGUGGGCUUGGUUUUGAGCAAGGCAGGUAGUGUUGGGCUCGGCAAAGCAGUUGAGGUAUUGGACACACUUGGUAGUAGCAUGACAAAUUUGCACCUUGGUAGCAGCUUUGUAUCAGGAGUGGCAACUAAGGGAAACCAAAUAUCUAUUUUAUCAUUUGAAGUUGCCAACACAAUAGUUAAAGGCUCCAAUCUUAUGCAAUCACUUUCAAUGGAGAACAUAAAGCAUUUGAAAGAAGUUGUACUUCCAUCAGAAGGUGUGCAAUACUUAAUAUCCAAAGACAUGGAUGAGUUACUAAAGAUUUCUGCUGCUGAUAAAAGGGAAGAGCUGAAGGUAUUUUCUAAGGAAGUCAUUCGCUUUGGAAAUCGAUGUAAAGAUCCUCAAUGGCACAACUUGGAGCGCUAUUUUGACAAACUAGCAUCAGAACUUACACCUCAAAGUCAGCUGAAAGAAGUAGCAAAAACAGCGAUGGAGCAACUGAUGACAUUGGCUCAGUAUACAGCUGAAUUAUACCAUGAGUUGCAUGCCUUGGAUAGAUUUGAUCAAGAUUAUAGGAGAAAAAAUCAAGAAGAGGGUAGCACAGGUGGAGUUCAAAGAGGUGAUACUCUCCAAAUGUUAAGGCAAGAAUUGAAGAGCCAAAGAAAGCAUGUAAAAUCAUUAAAGAAAAGAUCACUCUGGUCCAAGAAUUUGGAGGAGGUGCUGGAGAAGCUUGUAGAUAUUGUCCAUUUCUUACACUUCGUGAUUCAUGAUUCCUUUGGAAGUGCUGAUACUGAUAAACCAACAGAAGAGACUAUGAAGAAUCAAGAAAGAUUGGGACCUGCUGGCCUGGCACUACAUUAUGCAAAUAUCAUCACUCAGAUAGACACCCUUGUCUCUCGGUCAAGCUGUGUACCAACAAAUACAAGGGAAUCACUAUACCAAGGACUGCCCCCAACAAUAAAACAUGCUUUCCGUUCAAGGUUGCAAUCAUUUCAAAUCAAGGAAGAGCUUACCAUUCCUCAAAUCAGAGCAGAGAUGGAAAUAUCUUUGCGGUGGCUUGUGCCAAUUGCCAACAACACAACCAAGGCUCAUCAUGGUUUUGGUUGGGUCGGCGAGUGGGCUAACACCGGGUCCGAGGUAAACCGAAAGCCAUCAGGUCUGAUAGAGUUGACGCGGAUGGAGACAUUCCAUCAUGCGGACAAGGACAAGACUGAAGCCUACAUUCUCGACUUAUUGAUGCGGCUUCACCAUCUUGUCCGUCGCUCGAAGCCUGGGAGUGGAGGGAUCAGGUCUCCGAUCAAAUCCCCAGUUUGUUCUCCGGCACAGCUCUUAACCACAACGUCGCCGGCCACAAAACCUAGUGUGCCAUCUUCCAUGCUCACCCAAGAAGACCAAGAAAUGCUGCAGUGUGUGAACUUCAGGAAGCUAACUCCUGGAAUCAGCAGGAGUCAGGAGUUUGACACGGCGAAGACGAAGCCAGGCAAGCACAGCAGGUUGAGCAAGAGCAACAGCCAUUCACCAACCAGCUGCAGCAAGAAGGAUUUCUUCGUGCCAUGGUUGCUUCCUGUCAUCGACUUCGACAUCGACAAGAUGAAAGCGCUCGAUAUGAUCGAUCGAUUGGACGACAUCAGAAAACCAUGAAGUAUCAGCAAAACAUGAUCCCACGAUCAAUGAGGCCGUCACAAUCCACAGUGGCCAGAUGUCAUCGACACGGUGGCCAUGCAAUAGAAGACUCGCACCAACGACGAAGAUGGCGAGUACAGUUAGGUGGUACCAUCAGAGUCAAAAAUGUUUGAAUUGGUGUGAUAUAUUAUAUAUUACAUUUACAACGCUUCUAAAUGUUUCUUAAGGACAAUCUUGUCGGGAAUUCACAUAAUAAACAAUAAUGAUUAAUAACUCCA